AUGGCCUCUGCAGUUAUCAAUGGUGGCCUUUUUUUGGCCAAAAGAGGCGUUUUUGGCCCAGCAGCGGAAUCGUUGGCCAAACAGGUAGAUCCAGCGGACCCAAUAGACGAAGAGCCCAUAAGUGAUAGCCCCGAUACAGGGCUCCCUGAUGACGACAACUUAGAUGAGACAAAUCCCAUGGCAGAGGAGAUCUUUUCCUCCUGGGCCUUGUUCAUUGUGCUGUUUCUGCUCUGUUCUGCACUAUGGUCGUCAUAUUAUCUCCAGCAAAAACGGAUCAAGGCCAUUCAUGAAACCGUUCUCUCCAUUUUUUACGGCAUGGUGGUUGGUCUUAUCAUCAGAAUCAGUCCGGGCCAUUACAUCCAGGACGCGGUGAAAUUCAACUCGAGCUACUUCUUCAACAUCCUGCUCCCGCCCAUCAUUCUCAACUCCGGAUACGAGUUGCACCAGGCGAACUUCUUCCGAAAUAUAGGGUCCAUCCUCACUUUUGCGAUCCCUGGAACAUUUAUGAGUGCGAUGGUCUUGGGUAUCAUUUUGUACAUCUACACGAAACUGGGCAUUGAGAGCAUCAGCAUGUCAUUUGUGGACGCCCUAGCUGUCGGUGCAACGCUUUCUGCCACGGACCCUGUCACCAUUCUGUCGAUUUUCAACUCCUAUAAAGUGGAUCCAAAGCUAUACACAAUUAUUUUCGGAGAGUCGCUGCUGAACGACGCUAUCUGUAUCGUUAUGUUCGAGACAUGUGAGAAAUUCCACGGUACCAGCGCAGAGUUCUCCAGCUUCUUCGAAGGUAUUGGAAUGUUCUUGAUGACAUUCACCAUCAGCACCAUUAUUGGUCUUGUUGUGGGGAUUCUCGUGGCCCUCGUGCUCAAACACUCCCACAUCAGACGGUAUCCGCAGAUAGAAACGUGUCUGGUGCUGCUGUUUGCGUACGAGUCCUACUUCUUUUCGAACGGGUGCCACAUGUCAGGAAUUGUCUCGUUGCUCUUCUGCGGCAUCACAAUGAAACACUACGCCUACUACAACAUGUCGAGACGCACGCAGAUUGCAACCAAGUACAUCUUCCAGCUGCUGGCCCAGCUCUCGGAGAACUUCAUCUUUAUUUACCUUGGGCUGUCGCUGUUCACCGAGGUGGAGCUUGUGUUCAAGCCCGUGCUCAUCAUCGUCACGUUCAUCUCAAUCUGCGUGUCCAGAUGGGCAGCAGUGUUCCCGCUGGGUCGCGCUAUCAACUGGUUUGCACGCACGAAAGGAGCAAGACGCGGACUGUCGCCGGCAGUUGUACAGGAUGAAAUUCCAUACAACUACCAGAUGAUGCAAUUCUGGGCCGGUCUCCGUGGAGCCGUGGGAGUGGCUCUGGCCAUGGGGCUACAGGGCGAGUCCAAGUCUGCGCUUUUGGCUACCGUGUUGGUCGUGGUUGUUCUGACGGUGAUACUUUUCGGAGGAACCACCGCCGGUAUGCUCGAGAUGCUCAACAUCAAAACAGGCUGCGUCGAAGAGAACACCAGCGACGACGAGUUCGACAUAGAGGCGCCAAGAGUGCCUCCGCCAGCAUCCACGUUCUACGGAAAGAACCCGAACGGAAUGAUCAGCAACAAGAAUUUCGCUUCGUCAAGCGCCUCGCAUUACACAGAUAACGUCCCGCCACGGUCCAGAAACCCUUCUCAGGACGACCUGAUGAGGGACACUGAGUUUGAAGACCACGCUCAGCUUCCAGCAAACACGCUAGCCAGCUUCCCUGGCCCAGGAUCGAUCUCUGGAAACGCCUCUCCGCCCCUGCAGGACCAGCCAAGCAGGUCUCAAUCUGGCCUUCUGAGCAAUUUUUUGAGCGUCGAUGAACACGCCAGGUGGUUCACCAACUUUGACGAAAACGUGCUGAAACCGGUGCUGCUGGAUAAUCUGCCGGCAAAGCAAAACGACAAGAAAUAA